AUGUUGAUGGCAGGACAAAGGGGCACCUGGACCAUGGACAACGUGGUAGAGAAGAGUUUGGAAGGGCCCCUGGCACCUUCUACAGAUGAGCCUUCCCAGAAAAGGGGAGACCUGGUAGAAAUCUUAAAUGGGGAUAAGGUAAAAUUUGACGACACUGGACUCUCCUUAAUUCUGCAGAAUGGCCUGGAGACCCUCCGAGUGGAAAACGCUCUGACAGACGUCAUCUUGUGUGUGGACAUUCAGGAAUUCUCCUGCCACCGCGUGGUGCUUGCCGCAGCCAGCAACUACUUCAGGGCCAUGUUCUGCAAUGAUUUAAAGGAAAAGUAUGAGGAGAGGAUCAUCAUCAAAGGGGUCGACGCGGAGACUAUGCACACUCUUCUGGACUACACGUACACCAGCAAGGCGCUGAUCACCAAGCAGAACGUCCAGCGGGUCCUGGAAGCUGCUAACCUUUUCCAGUUCCUGCGGAUGGUGGAUGCCUGUGCGAGCUUCCUCACAGAAGCCUUGAACCCAGAAAACUGUGUUGGAAUACUGAGGCUGGCAGACACACAUUCCUUGGACAGUCUAAAGAAGCAGGUUCAAAGUUACAUCAUCCAGAACUUUGUGCAGAUUCUGAACUCCGAAGAGUUCCUUGAACUUCCUGUGGAUACUCUGUACCACAUCUUGAAGAGCGAUGACCUUUAUGUAACAGAAGAGUCUCAGGUGUUUGAGACUGUGAUGAGCUGGGUCAGGCACAAACAGUCAGAACGACUCUGCUUGCUCCCCUAUGUCCUGGAGAACGUGCGCUUGCCGCUUCUGGACCCAUGGUACUUUGUGGAGAUGGUGGAAGCGGAUCCUCUCAUCAGGCAAUGCCCAGAGGUCUUCCCGCUGCUACAGGAAGCCAGGAUGUACCACCUUUCUGGCAAUGAGAUCAUUUCGGAGCGCACCAAGCCCAGGAUGCAUGAGUUCCAGUCUGAGGUGUUCAUGAUCAUCGGUGGCUGCACGAAGGAUGAACGGUUUGUGGCGGAGGUAACCUGCCUGGACCCCCUGAGGCGCAGCCGCCUGGAGGUGGCCAAGCUCCCCAUGACAGAGCACGAGCUGGACAGUGAGAAUAAGAAGUGGGUGGAGUUUGCAUGCGUGACAUUAAAAAAUGAGGUCUACAUCUCAGGGGGCAAAGAAACACAGCACGAUGUUUGGAAAUAUAAUUCUUCAAUCAACAAGUGGAUUCAAAUUGAGUAUUUGAACAUAGGCCGCUGGAGGCAUAAGAUGGUGGUGCUCGGGGGCAAGGUGUAUGUGAUCGGAGGUUUCGAUGGCUUGCAGAGGAUCAACAACGUGGAGACCUAUGACCCCUUCCACAACUGCUGGUCGGAGGCUGCGCCCCUCCUUAUCCAUGUCAGUUCCUUCGCAGCCACCAGCCAUAAGAAGAAGCUCUAUGUGAUUGGGGGAGGGCCCAAUGGGAAACUGGCCACGGACAAGACUCAGUGUUACGACCCUUCAACCAAUAAGUGGAAUUUAAAGUCGACCAUGCCAGUAGAGGCUAAAUGCAUCAAUGCAGUGAGUUUCCGGGACCGUAUCUACGUGGUUGGAGGGGCCAUGAGAGCGCUGUACGCCUACAGCCCUCUGGAGGACAGCUGGUGCCUGGUGACCCAGCUCAGCCACGAGAGGGCCAGCUGCGGCAUCGCGCCCUGCAACAACCGGCUCUACAUCACUGGGGGGCGGGACGAGAAGAACGAGGUCAUCGCCACGGUGCUGUGCUGGGACCCCGAGGCCCAGAAACUGACGGAGGAGUGUGUCCUGCCCCGGGGGGUGUCGCACCACGGCAGUGUCACCAUCAGGAAGUCGUACACCCACAUUCGGAGGAUCGUGCCUGGAGCUGUGUCGGUCUGACUGCGGGAGCGCGGAGGGCGGAGCCACGCGGAGAGCCCUCCUCCCUCUCCCCCGCAUCGGUCCCUCUAAAGCAG